UUCCGGUACUAUCAUUACGACCCAAGUCUCGCCGCCAAUGCCGUUUUCGUCGGCCUCUUCGGGGUCGUAGCUGUAGCGCACGCAUAUCUUCUUAUCCGCAGACGAGCGUGGUUCUUCAUUCCCUUUUUGAUAGGAUGCAUCUUCGAGGUGGGCGGAUACAUCGGCAGAAUCGUCGCGGCAAACGAGAACCCCAACUUCACGUUGGGCGUCUACAUAUGGCAGACUCUCCUCAUCCUCCUUGGGCCCGCCCUCAUGGCCGCGUCCAUCUACAUGGUCCUCGGCCGGCUGAUCCGGCUGCUCGACGGACAUAAAUAUGCACUGAUCCGGUCGACGUGGAUGACCAAGCUCUUUGUGUCGGGCGAUGUCCUGUCGUUUCUUGCGCAGGGUGCCGGCGGCGGCAUCCUCUCCGGCGACGACACAUCCCAAGCCACCCAAGACCUCGGGCAGGGGAUCAUCCUCGGCGGGCUGGGGAUCCAACUCUUCUUCUUCGGCCUGUUCAUCUUCACGACCAUCCUCUUCCACUUCCGCAUCGCCAAAAACCCAACCACCCGCUCCUUCUCAGUAACAACCCCCUGGCGGCAGCAGCUGGUGGCUCUGUACGUGACCAGCGUGCUGGUGAUGGUCCGCUCCAUCUUCCGCAUGGCCGAGUUCGCGCUCGGGGCAAACAGCAUCCUGAUGCAGCACGAGGCCUACCUGCUUGGGCUUGACGGCGCGCUGAUGUUCCUUGUGGCGGGUAUUUUUGUGUGGUGGCAUCCGUACAAGGCGCUGGAGGGGUACAAGGAGAUGCCGAAGAGG